AUGCCGCGAAUUGGGAUUGGCACCUUUGUCAGAGACGGAAGAGGAGAUUGUGCCGAGCUCAUGUCGAGCCUCGAGGUCAGCGGCCCUGACGCUUCCUCCAUAUACGGCGCCUUUUUUCCUCUUUUAUCCUGCAAGACGACCGGCUCCCCGGAAAACUAA